AUGCCUUACAUCAUGGAAAUCUACACCGACGGUGGCUGUAGACGCAACGGACGAUCAGAUGCCAUCGGUGCUGCAGCCGUCGUUUUCAAGAACAGAUUUGGAAAAUGCACCGGUUGGACACGCUCCUUACCGCGAUAUCCCCCACCCACAAACCAGCGGGCUGAAAUCACGGCUAUCAUUUUUGCGCUGGAGAAAGCCCUGGACAAAUUCGAGAGGCUGGACACAAAUCCAUAUCUGGAGAUUGAAAGAGGAAGGAGACGUGGAGUAUAUCUGGAUUCCGAGGGAGGAGAAUCAGAGGGCGGAUGA